AGUGCGCCUGCGCGGGGGCGCGACGGCCGGGGCUAGGCGGCGGGCCGGGCUGGGCGCGCGCCGGGAGAGGAGGAUGCGCCCCGCGGAUUUGCCAGUUCCUGUAUGCCAAUGGGAAUUGUGUUGUGGCUCCUUGUCUGUGCUAUAGGAGAAGCUGAUGCUCUGAACAGUGAGCCUGGGGGACAAGAGAGUGUGGAUUGCCUCCUGCCUUGCCUCUUCUCCCAGCCACCUGCAGUGAGCUCUCACGUGCCAGAGGACGAGGGUGGAGGAGACCAGCCACGUGAAGCUGGGGUGGUGUGGGUGAGCCAAAGGGCUUUUGACCAGUGGGCUGUGGCAACUGGGGGUCCUCACCACCCUGCAGCAGAGACAACUGGCUCCUGCCAGGUAGAUGCCUUCAGGGGAUUGGACAGCUCCAGCUGAACUGAUGAAUCUUGGAACCUGAUACAAGGCUCAGCUUCUGAUAUGAAGAAGGAUAUAGAGUCUUUAAUAGCCCAGGAAAAAGCAGAAAUCGUCGCCAAAUAUGAGAAGGGCAGACAGGAAGGAGCUCAGAUUGACCAGUGGGAAGAUGCUGAUUUCACACUCUACAAAGUUACAGACCGGUUUGGAUUCCUGCACGAGCAGGAGCUGCCAACCCGCACCGCCUUGGAGGAGAAGCAAAAACAGCAGGAAAUAGAACGUGUGGACAAGUGGCUUAAGAUGCUGAAGAAGUGGGGCAAAUACAGAAACAGUGAAAAGAUGUGCCGGCGUGUGUACAAAGGGAUCCCGCUUCAGGUGCGAGGCCAGGUCUGGUCACUUCUGCUGGAUGUUGAGAAGAUGAAGAAGGAGAAUGAAGGAAAAUAUGAGCAAAUGAAAGAACAAGCAAAGAGUUUUUCAUCAGAAAUCAAGCAGAUAGAUUUGGAUGUUAACCGCACUUUCCGAAACCACAUCAUGUUUCGGGAUCGCUACGGAGUGAAGCAACAGGCACUCUUCCACGUCCUGUCAGCAUACUCGGUUUAUAACACUGAAGUGAGCUACUGCCAAGGGAUGAGCCAGAUCGCAGCCAUCCUCCUGAUGUACUUGAAUGAAGAGGAUGCGUUCUGGGCGCUGGCACAGCUGCUCACCAACCAGCGCCACGCCAUGCACGGUUUUUUCAUUCCUGGGUUCCCGAAGCUGCAGAGGUUUCAAGCCCACCACGAGCAAAUUUUAAACAAACUGUUCCCAAAACUGAAGAAGCACAUGGACAAGGAGCAGAUGACCACCGGGAUUUACACAACCAAGUGGUUCCUGCAGUGUUUCAUUGACCGGACCCCAUUCACGCUGACCUUGCGGCUGUGGGAUAUCUACAUCCUGGAAGGGGAGCGGGUGCUGACAGCCAUGGCUUACACCAUCCUCAAACUGCACAAAAAGCGCUUGCUGAAGAUGACACUGGAAGAUUUACGUGAAUUUCUGCAGGAGAAAAUUGCUGCUUCUCUGCAGUACGAGGACGAUGCUGUCAUCGAGCAGCUGCAGGUGUCAAUGACUGAACUGCGCAAGAUGAAGUUUGACCUGCCCCCACCAGCAAAGCCUGAGGAGUUUCCAAGGAAACCCCUGGGCCUGGAGCUCUCCCUCAACCCAGUAGCCAUAAAGGAAAACACAGCGGCCAAUGGCCAGAAUGGCCAGGUGGGUGAGCACACUCCAGACAGGGAGUCCCAUCCCCACAGAGUUCCUGGCACACCAGGAGGAAUGACAGUGGUGGAAGCGAGGAUUCUCACCUUCCAGGGUAGUGAAGCAGCUGAAGCAACAAACGUGCCUGUUUCGGGUGGGCAGCCACUGGACGAGGAGGGUCAGGUGGAGCCCAUUGUGGAUAGCCAGCCAUCAUCUCUUCUGAAGGCAAGCGAGACACAGGCCCAGCAACACCUCCUGCCCACAAUCCUGCCUCCAGAGCAGCCUCUCCUUGCUCCUGGCUGUGCCGUGGUGGACCAUGGAGUCUCCCUCCAUGCUUCAGCUGAGCACAGCUCCUUAGACUCCUCUCUCCAAAAGAGGCUGGCUCCUCCCGACUCCAGCACCACUGAGCUUUCUGCUAUGAACCAGACAGUGUGGCAGCCAAAUGCCUCUGCCCUGCCAGCAGGAGAACAGGCAUCUUCCCUGAGCAGAGACACAGUGCUCGAAGCAGCCACCCAACCUCUGCCAGCCGGCCGCCGGCGGCUCUCCUGCACAUCACAGAGUGAUGGCUCCCCUGAGAGCGAGCACGGGGAGGAGGUGGCGGAUGACAGGCACUGCAGGGCGGUGCUGCCGGACAAAAUGGGCCUGAAGCACUCGGCAUCCAAAGCUGCAUCCACAGGAGAGCUCCUCAGCCUGCGGCACAACGGGCUGGGCAGUGCCACCGGCACCACGCAUUGGCCCGAGGCCGUGGGGGCGCUGCCUGUGCACAGGCAGGCGGGGGGCAGUGUGCCCACCUUGUCCAGCAGAGAGCCGGAGGCAGCAGGGCUGGCAGAGGGCUGCCCCGCCCAGCGGGCACCGUCCCCUCUGGGGGAAGGGAACAGCCCCUAUGUCGUUAUCAAAACCACCACUCCCCUCCACCUGGCCCAUGCGACAGAGCAGGACUUCUUGAACAGAAAGCAGGUGGCAUUGCCCCUGUCAGAGACUGGACAUCCUCUGCCUGCCACCUCCAUGCCACCACCUCUUACGCCAGACCCAGAGGAGGAAGAGGUCCAGAAAAGCCUCCAGAAACCAUCAAAUGCACUGAAAGCCCCACGACCCCCGCUGAGCCCCAAACCAAAAUUUGUGCCACAGGUUGCCAAAUCCCGCUCAGAGAACAGUUUCCUUUCAGGCUCUCCUUCCUUUGCAAAGCUGCCCAAAUCGGUGACAUUCUAGUGGGGCUGAGGAAGGGGAAGUUAAGGGAGAAGAAGUGGGUUCUGGAGAAGGACCCUUGCCCCAUUUACAGGAUCCCCUUCUGUCAAGCAGGGCUGUUGGGGUGACAGCACAGCACCAUUGCAUGUCAAGCUGUGCUUUGGUACGAGCGCCCAGCGAGGAGACGAAGCGGUGGCCACCAGCACUAGGAGACACCAGCAGAUUGGAUUGGCGUGUUUCCUAUGGACAAAUUGGAAAAUGCUUUCAUUUUUUGUUCCUCAAAACUCCCCAAGUCUCAUCACUUGGGGAAAGAGGCAAGUCUGAUGAGUUUGUUGUGUGUUUUCUCCUGCUCCUCUCUGCUGUGGGAGCCCACAACCAAGCAAGCAGGACAAGGUGUCAGAAUCCGAAAUGCUUUCUUUACAAUACCCCAUUGGCACAGCUACACCAUUGCUUUCAAAGGCCUUUGUAGCAAUAGAUCUUAUUUCCCAGACCUGCAGUUGUAGGCAGCAGAAUUUCCAGGCAGUGCCAUGGCAUCCUGGCAGGACACCAGCAACCGCUGCCCCCUCUAUGCAAUUCCACAAAGCAGUGCCCAGCUGUAUCUGGCUCCUACUGCCAUGGUGGAUGGUGUUUAGGAGUUCAGAUUUAACAGCCGCUGAGUCCCUUGGGCAUCUCCUUGGUGUCACCCUGGUGGGGGGCUGCCAGCCCAGGUUCUCAGGGUGGCAAGGACAGUGAUGAAGGUGGAGCCUGGUCUCCUGGGCUGAGUGCCCUCUCUGCUGGCCAUUCCUUCCCAGGGCCAGUGCAGCGAGCAGGCUUGCUGCCUUUCUGUUCCCCAAACAGGAAAAGGGCUGCUGGCUCAGGAAACCUGCCUGCACUACCAAGCUGCUGGAUGUGUGAUGGCAUCUAAUCACAGUGCCCCAGAUAAGUCCACUUUUGCUUUGAAUAAGUUAAGCGUCAAGAGUGGAAAGGAGAUAAGAAUUGGGGAAGGGGGAGCACAUUGCCCAGAACCUGAUCUUAGCCCUUGUGGUUGAGCCCACAGAGAAUUAACAACAGGAAGGAAACUUGGACAUGAUAGGUGCCCGCUUGCCCUUCAUGCACCAAGUCCAAGAGGUCUGUCCAUCUCCUCCCCAUCCCAAGGUUCUGCACUGCCCAGGCCAUUGGCUGGAGAUGUGCAGGGAUCUGGGGAGACACCCACAGAAAGAGCUGGUCCAAAAUUCUGGUUACAGCAUCUACUUCACCCCUAGAGGUGAAGGGACUUCAUCAGGAAGCCAGAUCAGUGAAAAAGCAGGAAGUAGUCCAGAUAUGCUGGAUUUGACUUUCCUGUCCAGAAGGGGUAGCUGCAAGUGCCACCUUAGGUGGGACUGCAAGAGGGAUUCCCAUUCCUUCAACAGAGAUCCUCAGCAAAAGCUCCUUUAAGUUCUAAGGAGACUUGGGAAACUAUUUUUUUUUAUCUCAUAGGCUGCUUCAAUUGCAUAACCUGAUCUAAAGCCUACCUGAAAGCCCAGCAGAAAACUUCCACUAAAUUACUUUGUUGGUUCCAGGAGCAGGACUUGAUGAUCCUGGGGUAUCCCCUCCAGCUCAGCAUAUUCUAUGGUUCUAUGAUUUAUCAGGGUUUAUUUUGCCUUGUGUAUGUGUGGUGGUUUAUGUUUGCAGCAGGGAGUGUCAAAGGGAGCACUGGAUUUUUUGGAUGUAGCCAGCCAGACCACAGCACCCUCAGCUUUCAUUGGAACCCCAGCUCUGUCCUAGGCCCCAUCUUCCACUGAGCCUCCAACCUUGCCCAUCCUCUCCCUCUGCAGAGCAGGGAUAACCCUUUUAGCUACCUCGCAGGGGUGUUGUGAGGAGUCAAGCAUUGCUGUUUGAGGAAAAGUGCUCUUUGAAUUUCAGUACUUGUGUUUUGAGACACCACAGGUCCUUUCUAGGACAAUGGUGCUUGAAUUGUUUUUAAUUUUGAGUAUGUUUUUCCAUAAUUGUGCAUAGUUAAAUGUUAUUUGUGUGUUAAAAUACCUGAGCAGUAUUUCAGGACAGAUAUCCAUUGCCUUUUGCUAGCAGCCCACUGGCCACAAGAGCUCACUGGGAAGCAACAACAAGCAUCUGAGAGCUGUUGGUCACAUCUUGACUUUGCUUCUGUAGCUUGGGGCUCUGUCCUCUCCUUGAAGCCCACAUAGGACUCCUUCUAAUGCAGCUGAGCUUCACACAUGCAAGAGCUGAGACCUCUUUCCUCUUGUUUUAACCCAUCUUCCCUCAUUUCAGGCACACAGCCUUUGCACAUCAUACUGCUUGUGCACUCAGACUCCUCACACAGUGUAUCUGGGAUGUUUUGCAGUAUUAACAUUUGAAAAGGUGGAGAGCUGUCCAAUGAACAGUACUCAUUGCAUGGCAUUUGGUGCAUGAUGUUCAACAUUAAUUUUGGUAGGGAGAGGGGUGGGGGUUGUCCUUCCCUCCAAGCCCUAAUGGGAAUGAGCAGCAAGGUCCUCAGUCAUCUUCAGGCCUGGGGGAACCACCAGCAACAUGCAUUGCUGUCCUUGGUGUGAUGCUGUCAUUGGAACACAUCAAUGCACGAUCCCCAGGGAGAUGCCCACUCCUGUCUCUUCCUCCCCCUCUUGCUGCCGACAAAGCUGCAGCCAUGGUGGGUCUGUGGCAGCAAGGCCUGGCCCAGCCUCAGCUCUUUUCCUGGGAAUAGGAAGGGAAGGAGAAGGAUGAGGGUGGCAGCUCAGCAGGACAAAUUACCUAACAAAGCCAUUUGCAGCCCUGCCCAGCCCCCUGCAACAGUCUCGACCCCUCAGCAAAAACUGCUCUUACUGUGAGCAAACAUGGGAAAGCAGCUCACCCAUCCUUGCUCUUGCAGCCCUGAGACAAUGCUGGCCUCACUGCCUUCCAUGUAGAGGUAAAGAUCAGUGCUGUGGGUUUGGGUUUUUUUAGGUUUAGUUUGUUUUUCUUUGUGUUGUUUGUUUGUGAUAGAGCACUUUGAGUGGCUGCAGCACUGACAGACAGCAGGAGCCAUGGGACCCAGCUCCAGCAGGGGCCAGAGGUUGAGGUUACGGUUUCUUGGCCAUGCACUUUGAGAGCCUGGCUACUGUCUGCUUUCCUUUUUAUUUGCUAUUCUUGUUUACAGCGUGGAACGCUUCUUCCAUGACUCUUUCUAAUGUAUUAUAAUUAUUACUUUUAAGAAAAAGAAAACAUUUUUAUGGCUGC